AUGGCGGCGGCCUCGCAUGCGCCUCCUAUCCAUGAGACGCUAGCCGAUAUGGAUGACCAUCUCGCGCGGCUCAAGGUCAAGGUCCAGGAGCAACGGACCAGCCUGCAGCACUGGCAGACGUGGGACGCCGAGUAUGAGGCUCUGAAGGAACAAGUACAAGCCCUUUCCGAGGCUCCGACAGCCGAGGAUCUGCAGCGGCUUCGUAAAGACUUUGACGGCGAGCUUCUCGUGGGAAAGGAACUUGAUGAAAUUUUCGGCCAACAGCAGCGCUCUCGUGACCAAAUUAUCAACGUCCUGGAUCGCCGCAUAGAUUAUGUCAGCCAAAACGUUCGCAGUCUACAGAAGCAAUUAGAAAAGACCGAACUCUUGAUUCUGGACGCGGAAGCAUCCAAUGAACAGGGCGCCGUCGACGACAAUGGUCCUCCCAUCACGGAAAUUGUCGAAGAGUUGGAUGAAAACGAUAAUGUACUUUCAUAUCGCCUGAACCGACCCGGCGAGGUCUUACCCCGAGUCAAUGCAGCGCUUGAGAAGGUCGGCAUUGAUACCGCUUCGCCUGAAGCUUCGUCGUCAAAGCCGCCCCAAGAUCAUCAUGGUGCUAGUGCUGCCAAAAGUCUACCUGUCAGGAAAGUCAAGGAGUCAAUACCGCUUCCCUCAGAGUCAGAGCCAGCUCAAGAGGUGACUCCUCCGCUCUCACGAAUGGCAAAGCGUGUGGAUGGUAUCAUGAAGACCGCCAAAGAACAAGAGAAAAUAAGCAGUCAACCUGCAACUAUUCCUGACGACGAGGAUUCCGACGAUGCAGACCUUCGUCAACAAAUGCUGAAAUAUAGCAUGGGUGAGAUGGGCGCGAUAGUCGCUGAACUCAACCUCGAAGACGACGAUGACGACUCUGAUGACCUUGACGAUGACGAAUGGCUAGAAGGCGACGAGAUGGAUGAUGAUGAGGACGAUGACGAUGAGGAAGAUAAAUACGGCCGUUUCACAGGCCGCAUGGUUACUGACAAGUACCAAAGACGAAUGCUGGAGCUGGAGACCAGACUAGGCGUCAAGUCUCGCUUCACACAAAAAUUGGAGCAAAAGGCCGAAGAAAGGGACUCGGACGAUGAUGACGGUGAAGGAAUCGGCCGCAUACGCAUUCAAUCAAAGUCCACGCCAUCACCAGCCUCUUCCUCAGCCGCACCUUCACAAUCCAUUGUCAAAGAGAGACAAUCCACCAAGAAUAAGCCCCCCAAAAAGGGUGUCCGCUUCGCCGAUGAGCUCGAUAUCGCCAACGAAGCCGAGCCAAGCCCCGCGCCCACAGCAUCCAAGCCGGACACUGAAAAGCCAGUCGAGCCCAUGAGCGAGCUCAUCGUGGAGCGAAAACCUGCCACCAAGCCCACGACAGCGCCUUCUUCAACACAACGGCCGUCGCGCUUCAAAAAGGCCGCGGCCAGCGCGCAGACGGCACCCAGCAGCAUCAUUCCCAAGGGUCCCUUUGACGUCCCCGCGUCCCUUCUCUCGCAGCAGCACGAGCAGGAGGAGGAGGAGAGGCUGGUCCCCACCGGUCCAGAGGGCAAGACCAUUGCCGACACUCUGGUCGAAAAGGGCAGCGUGUCGCGGCCCGCGGACCCCAGCGAGCUCGACGACACCAUGGUGCACAUGGGCGUCGCCGAGGAGCACCAGCGGCUGCGCAGCCGCUUUAUACGCCGUGAUGGCGAGGGCUUCGUCAAGGAAACGGAGAGCCCUGUCCAGCCGCUCGACGGCGGCAGCGGUGAGCGCGUCAGCCGCUUCAAGGCCGCCCGUCUAUCUCGGCAAUAA